GUCUCUCACCGCCCGGCUCUCCUUCACCGUCCGGCUUUGCCUCCAGCCCUCCCUCCCGAGGAUUCCCCGCACCAUGUCUUUCCGCCAGAGGAGCCCGCACGGCAGCACGAAGAGCAGCCCGCAGCACCCCCCGCGCUGGGCCCAGGCACGGAAACGCGGCUCCGAGGGGAAGCGGCGGAGGCAGAACGAGCCCGAAUCCUCCGUGUUUGAGGAAAACAAGCCCAGGCCUGAGGACAGCCGGCUGGACAGUUUUACAACACCAGAAGGUCCUGGACCCGUUUCCCGGUGUUCGGACUGGGGAACUGCAGUGGAAGAAGAUGAAAUGAGGACCAACAUUAACAAAGAAAUUGCAAGACACAGAAGAAAACUCCUGAUAAAUGAAUUUUCAAGAGAAAGGAAGUCCUCCUCAGGAAGUUCUGAUUCAAAGGAGUCCACGGCGACAGUAGAAUUUGAGACAGAUGAGGUGGUUUUGAUGAGAAGACAGAAACAGAUAAACUACGGAAAAAAUAUGAUUGCAUAUGAUAGAUACAUUAAAGAAGUUCCUAGAUGCCAUCGUGUACCUGGAGUCCAUCCCAGAACUCCAAACAAAUUUAAGAAGUACAGCCGUAGGUCAUGGGACCAGCAAAUUAAACUGUGGAAAGUUGCACUGCAUUCCUGGGAUCCUCCGACUGAAGAAGGAUGUGAUCUGCAGGAAAUUUUUCCUGUUGACCUUGGUGAGAUGGAGACAGAAUCUGUUGGAAGCAAUUCUACUGAAUCUCAAACGAGUUGUCAAGAUAAUGAUGGUACCUGUUCUGGCACUCCCACCAAAGUUAGACAUGCUGACUAUCAAGCAGAAGGAGAAUUUGACUUGCAAGUGUGUUCAAGUGAACCACUGGAUGAAUUUGAUUCUGUGAGUUAAAUAGUCUUGUGCAAACUGUUUUAGAGAAAGUUUCUUAUAAAUUUGAGAGGUUAGCUUGAACCAUAACCUGUUAAUAGUAAGAAUGCUUUGCUAAAGCUGAAGACUGUUCUCAAAGCUGUGAUUGGUCUUGAUACUCUCCAGACCUGACUUGUGUAAAAUUGCAAUUAAGUUGUGACUUCUUGUUAACUUUUAAUUUAUGUAUAGCAGACUUUUUUAUAUUUUUUUUUAAUAGAAAAACUAGCCAAGGGCAAUGCUAUCCUCUAGUAAUUAUAAAUAGCACAGCAAGAUCGUAGCAAUUACCCCAUUCCCUCCCCCACUGUGAACAUCAUUUCAGUUGUCCAUCUGCUGAUCAAGAGCCAAGUAGGGAGAUAUUUUUUAUGUUACCUUGCUUUUAUGCCUGGCUCUUGUAAAAUACCUGACCUGAAGUAAUGCACGUGGUACUGAACCAUGUGAGUGAUUACCACUAGUAAACCCAGUUACUCUAAGAUUAACUACCUUAAAAAAACCCACUUUUUUUGUAAAAAUGUUUUGGACACAAUUGGAUUUAAUACCCUCAAGAAACUGGAGGUCAGCAUGGUAAAGUCUAUGCAAUAAUAUUUGGGGUUUUUUUAGAAGCAGUAGCCUUAAUUCUAAAUUUGUAAAUAGUCAUCAGUCAUUUAUUAAUGCAGUGAAGGAAACAACAUCCAGGGAAAGUGCUUGAUUCUUUCAGUUUUCUGGUUUUUAAUGUAAAACUGUUGUAAAUGUUAACAACUGUACAGAUUUUCUGUUGAAAGCAGUUCAUGUUUCUGUUGCUUUUGUGUGGGAUGUUGCUGGAAA